CCUCCUUCUACUGUCCCUCCAGUUCCACAAUCCCCAAAAACGACAAUGGCGUGGAGGCUCCCAACAACUCACAAGCUCCACCAUCACGUCGCAUUCUCUCCAACCACCACCGCCACCGGUGAACUUUCCUGGCGCAGCAACAUAGCACCGUCCCUUCUCGUCUCUCCAUCCACUUCCACUUCCGCGUCCGUCUCUCUCGCCAGGAAACCCCAUGUCCGAUUAUCUGUAAGGUGUGCGACAGCGGCGCCUGUAGGUGCUGUGAAUCUGGCUCCGGGGACUCCGGUAAGGCCAACGAGUAUACUGGUGGUGGGUGCGACUGGGACUCUUGGGAGGCAAAUUGUGAGGCGAGCCCUCGAUGAGGGUUACGAUGUGCGUUGCCUUGUGAGGCCCAGACCCGCUCCCGCUGACUUCCUUCGCGAUUGGGGCGCCACCGUUGUCAAUGCAGAUCUUAGCAAGCCAGAGACCAUACCUGCGACUCUGGUUGGCAUACAUACAGUGAUUGACUGUGCCACUGGGAGACCGGAAGAGCCCAUCAAACCUGUAGAUUGGGAGGGGAAAGUUGCUCUUAUACAAAGUGCAAGAGCCAUGGGCAUUCAGAAAUAUGUAUUCUACUCUAUCCACAAUUGCGACAAGCAUCCAGAAGUGCCACUAAUGGAGAUUAAAUAUUGCACAGAGAAGUUUCUUCAGGAAUCUGGCCUAAAUCACAUCGUAAUCCGGCUAUGUGGUUUCAUGCAAGGCCUUAUCGGGCAGUAUGCAGUGCCGAUUCUAGAAGAGAAAUCUGUUUGGGGGACAGAUGCUCCCACACGAAUUGCUUACAUGGACACUCAGGAUAUAGCUCGACUUACAUUUAUAGCGUUACGAAAUGAGAAAAUUAAUGGGAAACUUCUCACUUUUGCGGGUCCUCGUGCGUGGACAACCCAAGAGGUGAUAACUUUGUGCGAAAGGCUCGCAGGGCAAGAUGCAAAUGUUACGACAGUCCCAGUCUCCGUCUUGAGAUUUACACGCCAAUUGACUCGGUUUUUUGAAUGGACUAAUGAGGUGGCUGGCAGAUUGGCCUUUUCAGAGGUUCUGUCAAGCGAUACGGUUUUCUCGAGUCCAAUGGGUGACACAUACAGCCUUCUUGGGGUGGAUCAGAAAGAUAUAGCUACCCUGGAGAAAUAUUUGCAAGAUUACUUCACAAACAUACUGAAGAAACUGAAAGACAUCAAAGCACAAUCGAAGCAAACUGACAUCUACUUUUGAAAGAAUCUGAUUUAUUGCAAUUCUGAGUUUUGUAGUUUAUAUACAAACAUACUAUAUUGAAUUUGUAAAUGUACCAAUACAUUCUUAUUAACAUGUUUUUAUAUGCAUAUGAAAUAUGUCCAGGACCA